AUGAAAGCUGCUCGGUCGAUUCGGGUACCCCGCGUGCCGGCCAAAGGCCAUGUCACCUCUCGACUGGUAAGCGGCACAGGGAAUGCCCGCUCUUCUGUCGCUGGCGCAAACCUCUGGCAGCCUGUCGCGCCGUCUCAAUAUCCUACGUCACGGAAGGCGUUGACAGCCCCGCUUGCCAAACUCCCGCUCUCAUCUGUCCUCCGUUCGCUCCUCGUGCUGUCCGUCUCAUCGUCUCCUCUUCUCUUGAAGCCCUGCAUCUACACUUUAUCAUUAUUAGCUCAUCCGCGCUCUGCCUUCUGGGACGUUUCAAAAAAUCCUCUCUUGCACUUCCUUGUCAAACACACCAUCUACAAGCAAUUCAACGCUGGUGAGAAUAAGACCGAAGUCCAAAGGUCCAUUCAGAACAUCAAGGGCUUGGGAUGUCGGGGCGUCCUUCUGGGAUAUGCACGCGAGGUCCUGGUUGGAGAGAACCAAGAUGCUACGUAUGAUGCUAAAGCGGCUCGUGCCGAAAUCCAGAUGUGGCUGGACGGUACCUUGCGAACUGUCGACAUGGCCCAAGAGGGAGACUUUGUGGCACUCAAAUUCACUGGAAUGGGUACGGAUGCACUCAAGCUCCUCCAACAGCAAGCGGCCCCUACCGAGUUCAUGGAUACGUCAAUCCAAAAGGUUUGCGACCUGGCCAUCUCUCGUGGCGUCCGCUUGUUGGUAGAUGCUGAAGAACAAGCUGUGCAACCGGGUAUCGAGGGAUGGAUCAUGAAAUACCAGAAAUACUGCAACUCGCAAACCCCGGGUCGCGCGGUAUUUUACGGAACCUAUCAAGCGUAUCUUCGCUCGACCCCAGCUACUCUGGCUCGGCAUCUAGAGAUUGCCCGUGCCGAGGGAUACACGCUUGGUGUGAAGCUUGUCCGUGGUGCUUACAUGAAGACCGAGCCUCGUCACUUGAUUUGGGCUAAGAAGGAGGAGACCGACCGUUGCUAUGAUGAGAUCGUCGAAGCUCUACUGACCAGGAAAUACAACUCCAUGCUCCCGGCCCCAGCGAAGGACCAGACUGCUGAGCUGCCCCCAGUCAAUGUGAUUAUCGCCACCCACAACCGCGAGUCUGUUCAAAAGGCCCAUGCAAUCCGCGUCCAGCAAGCGACCCGCGGCGAGGACCUCGGUGUUGAUCUGAGUUACGCGCAGCUUCAAGGCAUGGCUGACGAAGUCAGCUGUGAGCUCCUGCAGGGCUUUGAGACUGCCAAAGCUAGUGUUGGUGCGGCACCCAUGGCUGCACCUAAUGUGUUCAAGCUCUUGACCUGGGGCUCAGUGCAGGAGUGUAUGGGCUUCCUGCUGCGUCGCGCUAUUGAGAACACCGAGGCUGUAGGACGCACCAAGGAUUCUCAAGUUGCAAUGUUUGCUGAGUUGCGACGUCGUUGCCGUAAUCUGUUUCGGGGAAUCAAUUAG